UGAUCCUGCUCCCUUUGACUUGCCGCCGCGAUCGCCAAUCGAACUGCAUCCCGUCCACCUGCCGCACAUGGUCGUCUCGCUGCAUUCCCACUCGGGCCAGUUCUGUCUCCACGCCCAUGGCAACCUGGAGGACGUUGUGCUCAAGGCCAUCGAGAAAGGAUUCAAGGUCUACGGUCUCUCCGAGCAUGUGCCUCGAUCCCGAGCCCAGGAUCUCUACCCCGAAGAGUCGCACCUGACUCCCCAGGAUACCUACAACACCUUUGUGGAAUUCUACCGGACAGCCCGCCAUCUGCAGUCCAAGUACGAGUCCCAGAUCCAGCUCCUGGUCGGGCUCGAGACGGAGUGGAUCCACUCUGGCACCCUCUCGGAACUGCAGGCACUGGUGCAGGCAUAUCCCGUCGACUACAUGGUCGGCAGUGUCCACCACGUCAACACAGUGCCGAUCGAUUACGACACAGGGCUCUAUGCCAAAGCUGUCGAGGCCGCCCAGCAGAGCUCGCUCGAGGGCCUGUUUCGGGACUACUUUGACCAGCAGCACAGCAUGCUCGCCGCCCUGAAGCCGCUCGUAGUGGGCCACUUUGACCUGGUGCGCAUCUUUGCUCCGGCCGGGUUUGAGCUGUCGGCCGAGGUCUGGGACAAGAUCCGACGCAACGUUGCCCUGAUUGUCGAAUACGGCGGGCUCGUCGAGCUCAACUCGCGGGCGUGGAAGAAGGGCCUCCGGGGCGCCUAUCCGCAGGCCGACAUCAUCGAGUACAUGAAGACCCAGGACGUCAAAUUCACGCUCUCGGACGACUCGCACGGCCCCAACGACGUCGGGAUGCACUAUGACAAGCUGAUGGCAUACGUCCAUGAAAUGGGGCUGCAUGGCCGCAUCUUCUAUCCCGAGCGCACUGCCGCCUCGUCGGUUGUGGUGGCUCGCCUUGACACUGCAUCCACGUGACUGCGGCCACAGAGUCACCGCCACCGCGCCGACGAUAAAAUGGCGCAUCAGCGCCGCCCUGCCUGUUUCCUGCGUCGUCGCU